AUGUCCUCCCAGCAAUCACCCGCCGCUCUCCUGGCCAUCCGCGCCGCCUCCGCCUCGUCCAAGGCCAUCAUCACCACCAUUCCCACCAUUCCCACCAUUCCCACCAUUCCCGUCACAACCACAACCUGCAACCACAACCAAACCCCCAACCUCUCAACAAUUCUAGACUCGGAACCAGACCCUAACAACCGCCUACGAGACGCCAGCAUCUUCGCCAUCCCCAACUGGAACCAAAGUCUAACGGGCAUGACGGCUUGCUGCAACCUCAAACCCGACAACAAAGUCCACGUCGGCGGCCCAGACGGUUGCGCGCUAUGGUGUUUUAUUCCCGAUGAGUUUCUUUUUGAACAUGAUCAAGAAGAAGCAUCGAAUGAUAAAACUCCGGAUGAAAGGACUUGGAAGGAGGAGGAUGGAAGAAGGAUAAGAAACUCGGGAUUGGUAGCGGGUAGUCUGAUGGAGAGCUGUAUCUUGAGGGAGGGGAAUAUCACGGAGAGUGGUGUUGCUAAGACGUGGCAGGCUGGUAUGGAGAGCAGUGGUGGUGUGUCGGCGCGGCUUGGGUUGGGAGGAGUGAUGUCGAUGAAGAUAGUCGUGGCUGGGGUUCUGUUUUGGGCUUGUUGGCUUAGGUAG